AAAGCUUUUUCUUGGAACAGAACUGCCAAAUGCUGACAUCUCUAAAUGCUUCUCAGACUUUAAUGUGCAUGGGAAUCAUCUGAACUCUAACAAGCCCUAGGUGAUAACUCAUGCUGCCCUUCUGCCCAGAACACAGAUCACUGCUAUCCAAGAGAAAUAAAUGCCAGUCAUCUAUGUUUAAAUUAAUACUGGAUAUUUCUGUCUCCUUCUAAGCCAUAUUAAUCCAACAAGACAUAAGGCGAUCAUGUGGCAUACCAUGCUUUUUGAGAGGUGAAUAUUAUUGAAUAAAAAUGGCUGACAGAAGUGGCAAGAUUGUUUCAGGACAAGUGUAUAUCGAAGUGGAAUAUGAUUAUGAAUAUGAAGCAAAGGACAGAAAGAUUGUGAUAAGACAAGGGGAACGAUACAUAUUGGUGAAAAAGACGAAUGAUGACUGGUGGCAAGUCAAACCAGAUGAGAAUUCUAAAGCAUUUUAUGUGCCAGCCCAAUAUGUUAAGGAAGUCACCCGCAAAGCUCUGAUGCCGCCUGUUAAACAGGCAGCUGGACUGCCAAAUAAUUCUAUGAAAGUGAUCCAGAGUCUGCAUCUUCAGAGAUCAACAGAAAAUGUGAACAAAUUGCCUGAGCUUUCAAGUUUUGGAAAGCCAUCAUUGUCUAUUCAAGGAACAGGUCUUAUUCGUGAUGCCAAUCAGAAUUUUGGAUCCAAUUAUGAUCCAAGUCAAACUGUCAACCUAAGCCUGGACCUCACCCACAAUAAUGGAAAGUUUAGCAGUGAUUCACAUUCACCUAAAGUUUCCAGCCAGAAUAGGACACGCUUAUUUGGUCACUUUCCUGGUCCAGAGUUCUUGGACAUAGAGAAAACUAGCUUCUCCCAGGAACAGUCUUGCGAUUCAGCAGAAGUCUCAGAAAGGGCCCAUCAGGAUUCUGAGUCUGGUGAUGAACUUAGCAGCAGCUCCACGGAACAGAUAAGGGCAACGACACCUCCAAAUCAAGGACGUCCAGAUUCUCCUGUCUAUGCUAAUCUACAAGAGCUGAAAAUAUCCCAGUCUACUCUCCCCCCACUUCCUGGGAGCCCAGCAAUUCAAAUUAAUGGAGAAUGGGAAACUCAUAAAGAUACUUCGGGGCGUAGUUAUUACUAUAACAGAGGAACACAGGAAAGAACUUGGAAACCCCCUCGAUGGACUCGAGAUACAAGCAUUAGCAAAGAUUUCCAAAAUCCAGGAGAUCAAGAGCUUCUUUCAUCAGAAGAAAACUGCCACAACAUUUGUUACAGCCAGUCAGAUAGUCAGUGUGGUUCUCCUCCAAGGGGUUGGUCAGAAGAGUUGGAUGAACGUGGGCAUACCUUAUAUACCAGUGACUAUACUAAUGAAAAGUGGCUCAAGCAUGUUGAUGAUCAAGGUAGACAAUAUUACUACAGUGCUGAUGGAUCUAGGUCGGAAUGGGAGUUGCCAAAGUAUAAUGUUUCAUCUCAGCAACAAAGAGAAAUAAUUAAAAGUAGGAGCCUGGACAGGCGGCUACAAGAACCAAUAGUAUUGACAAAGUGGAGACAUAGCACCAUUGUGCUGGACACCAAUGACAAGGAAUCUCCACCUGCCUCAAAACCCUGCUUUCCUGAAAAUGAAUCUUCUCCCUCUUCACCAAAGCACCAAGAUACAGGUCAAGAGAAAUAUGGAUUAUUAAAUGUAACAAAAAUUACUGAAAAUGGAAAAAAGGUUCGUCUCAGCCUUCUUUUCAUUUCUUGGCUGCAGUCUCCAUUGGAAUUGAUGACUGAACCAAGAAAGAACUGGUUGUCUUCUUGGGCCGUGUUGCAGGGUUCAUCUUUACUCUUUACCAAAACUCAAGGAAGUAGCACAAGUUGGUUUGGGAGUAAUCAGUCCAAACCAGAAUUCACAGUGGACCUUAAGGGGGCGAUGAUUGAGAUGGCUUCCAAGGAUAAAUCCAGCAAAAAGAAUGUAUUUGAGCUGAAAACCCGUCAAGGAACAGAACUGCUAAUUCAGUCUGAUAAUGACACUGUUAUUAAUGAUUGGUUUAAAGUUCUUAGUACUACUAUCAAUAAUCAGACAGUAGAAACUGAUGAAGCAAUUGAAGAGGAAACACCAGAUUCACCAGGAAUAGAAAAACAAGAUAAAGAAAAAGACCAUAAGGAUCCUAGAAAACUUCGUUCCAUGAAAGUGUCUAGCAUUGAUUCUUCAGAACAGAAAAAAAACAAGAAAAACUUAAAGAAGUUUCUUACACGGCGCCCCACUUUGCAAGCUGUUCGUGAAAAAGGUUAUAUUAAAGAUCAGGUAUUUGGAGCCAAUCUUGCUAAUCUGUGUCAGAGAGAGAAUGACACAGUGCCAAAAUUUGUGAAAUUAUGCAUCGAAUAUGUUGAAGAAUAUGGUUUGGAUGUUGAUGGGAUAUACAGAGUAAGUGGCAACCUUGCAGUGAUUCAGAAACUGAGAUUUGCAGUCAAUCAUGAUGAGAAAUUGAACUUGAAUGAUAGUAAAUGGGAAGAUAUUCAUGUCAUCACUGGAGCACUCAAAAUGUUUUUUCGAGAAUUACCAGAACCACUUUUUACAUUUAAUCACUUUAAUGAUUUUGUGAAUGCAAUAAAACAAGAACCAAGACAGCGAGUCACUGCUGUUAAGGACCUAAUCAAACAGUUGCCAAAGCCAAAUCAAGAUACAAUGCAGAUCCUUUUUAGACAUCUCAAAAGAGUUAUAGAAAAUGGAGAAAAAAACCGAAUGACCUAUCAAAGUAUAGCAAUUGUUUUUGGUCCUACUUUGUUAAAGCCAGAGAAAGAGACUGGUAAUAUCGCAGUUCAUACUGUCUACCAAAACCAGAUUGUAGAAUUAAUUCUUCUGGAAAUAAAUUCCAUCUUCGGACGUUGAUUUCAUAUUGAAGACAACCUGUAGCUUAGGAACUGGAUUCCAUCAGAUUUUAAAUCCUCAUACAUGUUGUAUUUUGUUUUGGACCAAGCAGUGACUCUUUGAUUUUGCACUUUUUUGAGGGAUCAGAAGGGACUGGAAGAGUCAAAAUGGGUAAUAGGCCCUCAUAUUUGCUGCUUUGUUGCAAGGUGAUAAAACUGUGUUUAAUUUUAUCCUGAAUGUUUGCAUUCCAUACUCUGAAUUUCAGUAAAAAUAAAAACUUGCAAAUCUAACCAGUCAUAUACACUGGAUAAUUUGGUAAGAAAACUACAUUUUUUUUUCUCAAACUGGAUAAUGUAGAACUUCUCAUGAUUUGUUAGGUUUAUUAAUUGAUAGAACAAUACUUACUAUCAGUUAUUUGAAAAUGGCUCCUGGGCAUUUUAAACAAAGUGAAGUAUGUCUGUUUUGAUACCUGUGUAUUUCUUUUUCAAGGUUUUUGCAUGUAGUGUGGUCUAAGUGCUAAAAUUUAUUGUAACCCAGAUAUAAUUCCUGGACAGAGGCUUUGUCUUUUGCUGUAUUGCACAGCAUCCUUAUGGGAUAUCUUAGUUGCUUGUUUGGGCAGCACACUAAUACUACAUAAAACACUGUGAUAUACUUGAGUUUAAUUUAGCACACGUCAGUACAGGGUAUUUUGGGGCUGUCUGUGCUACACUGAUCUAGCUAACAAUCCUAAUUAUAUAUAGUGCCAUACUGAGUUCUUGGUAUGAUCCUGUGGAAACACGUUAUCUUAUGUAAAUAUAGGCUGAAGACUUAAUGUCCUUCAGCUUAUGUAUAAAGUUAUGUUGUAUAGCCUCAGAGUAUAUUCAAAGUCAACAUUUCUAAUCAUGAUAUUGGUAAACUUUUCUGUGAAUACUAGGUCUCCUCCCAAAAUAGGUUGUUAUUUGAUAAAAAUUAACUACGCACUUUUAGUUUUUAAUUACAUUUACAGGCAAAUCACUGUAAUGCAAAUGGUACUGGAAAAAUACUGAGUAGACUUGCUAAAUGGUAAAUGCACUACAAGAGGAGCCUUUAGGUUAUUUAAUAUGUACAGAAUACAUUAGAAAACAAUUUAUUGCCGAAUUCUAACUGCAGUAUGAAUAGUGGAAACCUAUAUGUAAAUUAGAUGGAUGUCAGAAAAUGACAUUGCUAAAUUUGAGAAUUUCUUUUUACAUUACUAAUGUAGAUUGAUUUGUAUAAUAAAACAGGGUUUGGAAGGUUUUGUUACAGAGAGCAUGGUUUGUUGAAGAUUUUUUAAAAUGUAUUUUUUUAGAUUAACUGCUGUAUAUGAAAUGUCUAAUCUGAAUAAAGAAAACUAUAAGAGGUUUAGAAAUUUUUUCCCAUUAGAGAUGUUUAUUUUGUUUUUUUAAUUUUUUGUUUUUGCAUAUACUGGUAUACCUCAUUUAAAAAUCAACUGAAUCUAAUAUUUUCUGUGGCAAAUAUAUUUUCCUCAUUUUACAUCUUUUCUACUAGCCCCAUGCCAGUACCUCUUCUCUUGCCCCAUUUUUUAUUUCUUCAUCAAAAUUUGAAAGUGAAUGAUUUGUAACCAAGUCUUUUGCUUAGAAAUUAAUUUAUAAUUUAUAGCUUGCCUUUCUUCGGAACAAAUAUUUUGUAUGAUCUAUCUAAAAACCUCUCACCUGAGUUUUGUGGUAAAACUAUUGUUUGUUGUUUUGGUCUUGUUAAAUUGAUGACAAGACAAGUUACUUGAUAGCUAUGGGAAAGCAAAUUGUUUUGGGCAGGGAGAAUAAACCCCCAAGUGAGAAUGUUUAUUUUUGCCUAAAGAUAUCCUUAAUAAUACCACAUGAUUUAGGACUGGCCUAUAUAGUGAUUGUGUGCCAGGAAAACAAUCAGACUCCAAUCAGUGAUGUUCUUUCUCUCAGUCGUUAUGGACAUAUCAGUGACUAAUAUUGUCCUGUGUUUCUUCUGUCAAAGUACGUGUGUAUGUGUGUAAAGUCUUAAAUGUUAAGUCUAUACCUAAUCAAUUUAUUGUAAUAGUGUAUGUACAGUAAGAUCAGUGUCCUGUGUUUUCAUCCUUUGUGAAUUAAAAUUUCUCACUUGUU